AUGGCCCACUUCCCAAGCCUCGAGCCAGCCUUUACGAUGCAGCCCAUGAUCUCUGGAAAUAUCGAGAGUGAGAGCACAUUCUCCCCAGCGCUCAGUGGCGAGUUUGUCGGGCAGGGCAACGAUUACAUUCACGUCGACCCGGAUGGAGAACAUUUGAGGCUCGACGCGCAUGGAACCAUAUAUCUCAACUAUACCGGUAUUGUUGAUAUGACUCCGGCCGUAGAAGCGAUCAUGAGUGGUGAAUCGGAGUCGACGGUUACUUCGUUUGGGAAUUCAUUUAUCCAUCUGACUUUCGAGACUGGCGGUGAAAAAUACGCAAGCCUCGAAACAGGCGUAUGGGUUGGGGGUGGUCAUUUCAUAUACGAGAAGGGCGAAGCUCCAAUUGUGGAGUACAAAGUUAGCAAGGUUACCUUUAAGGUCUAA